UUCUGUCAAAAUGAGCUUGUCAUUACAUCUGCUGUCAAGAAGUCCAGACUCGAACUCAUGCUAUGGGAUUGUGCAUGACUUCAUACUCGAUAUACCAGGUCCAUAAAAACAACAGAAGAUUCACCUACUGAAAUGAGAAGACAAAAUCAAAGCUCUGUGGCUGAAUUCAUCCUCCUGGGCUUUGCUGACUUCCCUGAACUCCAGGAGCGGCUCUUUGGGGUUUUCCUGGUUGUUUACUUGGUGACCCUGAUGGGAAACGCCAUCAUUAUAGUCAUCAUCUCUUUAAACCAGAGUCUCCACGUUCCCAUGUACCUGUUCCUGCUGAACUUAUCUGUGGUGGAGGUGAGUUUCAGUGCAGUCAUUAUGCCUGAAAUGCUGGUGGUCCUCUCCACUGAGAAAACCAUGAUUUCUUUAGUGGGCUGUUUUGCACAGAUGUAUUUCAUCCUUCUUUUUGGCGGGACUGAAUGUUUUCUCCUGGGAGCAAUGGCUUAUGACCGAUUUGCUGCGAUUUGCCAUCCUCUGAACUACCCAGUGAUUAUGAACAGAGGGGUUUUUAUGAAAUUAGUAAUGUUCUCGUGGCUCUCAGGGAUCAUGGUGGCUACUGUGCAGACCACUUGGGUAUUUAGUUUUCCGUUUUGUGGCCCCAGUGAAAUUAAUCAUCUCUUCUGUGAGACUCCUCCGGUACUAGAACUUGCAUGUACAGACACCUUCUUAUUUGAAAUCUAUGCCUUUACAGGCACCAUUUUGAUUGUUAUGGUUCCUUUCUUGUUGAUCCUCUUGUCUUACAUUCGAGUCCUGUUUGCCAUCCUGAAGAUGCCCUCAACUACUGGGAGACAAAAGGCCUUUUCCACCUGUGCCUCUCACCUCACAUCUGUGACCCUGUUCUAUGGCACAGCCAGUAUGACUUAUUUACAACCCAAAUCUGGCUACUCACCAGAAAGCAAGAAACUGAUGUCACUGGCUUACACGUUGCUUACUCCUCUGCUCAAUCCGCUCAUCUACAGCUUAAGAAACAGUGAGAUGAAAAGGGCUUUGAUAAAACUAUGGCGAAGAAAAGUGGUUUUACACACAGUCUGACUGGGAAGCUGUGUGAGAUCUGACCACUGCCGGGGUAAACUCUAUUUAAAUUUAAAGGGUGAGAACAGAUUGCAUUAUUUUGUAAAUAUGUUAAAUUUGUUGAGUUUUUAAUAUUUGAAAAUGUAUUUCUUUCAACGAAGAACUGAUGUCACUUGUUUUUAGUAGAUACGUACGUUCUCAUAACAUAUGAUACAACAGUUUAUUCAUCCAUUUCUCUAUUAUGAACAUCCAGGUAGCUACUGGAUUGUUGUCAUUAAGGCAGUGCUUCAGUAAAUGCCUUGUUUCGUAUGCUCAUAUGUACCAGUGUCUUUAU